AUGCCCACUUCCAUGGACCAGAGGUCUCAUGGAACCUCGAGCCCUUCCGCGUCGUCCGCAUUUCUGCCACUUGGACGGCGCGGCUCAAGGACAUCCCUCGCGACUACUCAGACCGAUCGAGAGAACAUAAAUGCAGCUUUGGACCAGAUCCAUACCGCCGCCUACCAGUCCGACUCGCUAACACAUUUCAACGACUUCACCACCCUGCCGGCCCCAGUUCCCGCAUCAGAUGACAAACGCCUCUCGGAAGAGUUACAAGGAGGUCUCAGUGGGUUGUAUAGUCGUUUCAGAACCUCGGUGGGCGGAAUUGUCAGUGGUGGGGUCAAAUCAGCGGACAGAAGUACUGCAGAGACCCCUGCUGUCAAGACCCCGCCACUGGAGCGCUCGAUGACCAAGUCUGCCUCGGACUCGGCUACUGGACCUGUGGAUAAUCGACAUCUCCCAUCAUAUCCCAACUCAUCGCAAGGCUCCAGGCUACAUUCACCAGUCGUAGCAAAUUUUCAACAUGCUGCGGAUGCCGUGGCGCAGCCGAGCGCCGGGAAAGGCUCUAAGAUGUCUUCUAAGAGUAGUGUAUCUUCCAAAGCGUCUCUUUCCCCUUCUCCGGGGACGAAAGCCGCCAUCGCUCCGCUGAAAAAAUCCAGCGGCGGUUCCAUGGCAGUUGACCCAGCGAUCACGCAACUUAAUGUGAGUGGUGUGACUACAAGUCGACCAUCAAGGAGUAGCUCCAUCAAUGCUCCUGCUCCAGGCCUAAAGAGCGUCGAUUCGGCCACUAUCUCGAGCAAGGACGGGCCGAUAGACACAUCAAUCAGCCAAACGUCUUCAGUGACGAGCCAGAACCCAUCGCAUUCGCCGGUGUUGUCUACAGAGACGCAUGAAAGCAAUCACGUUGACUCGUUUGAGGCCAGUGGUACACUACCACCAGCUGAAGGUCCACUUUUCGAAAGCAGACCACGAAAUUUGUCGUCUGCAGACCAAUCCAAUCACUCCGACAACAUCUCCCAGUCGGCGAUAUCGCGAAGCUCGAAACACACCGAGCAUUUGCAGGACUCAUCGUCUCAGCAUCGAGAAAGCAGAUCGAAUUCGAGGAUGUCUUUCGCACAAGGCGAGUCUGCUAUGCCGACGCCUGCAUCCUCCAGUCACCUAAGAUCGAACACCAAUGAAGGAAGCCCAUUCCCCGCAGGCUCGGUUUUGGAUGGUAAAGCCCCCGCUACUGUUGGUAAAACAGAAACCAGCGAACUUUCUAAGCCUUCUGCUUCAAUGACAUCCUUCGAUAAACCAAUUACCUCGGCGAAAAAGGGUCGAUUUCCUGGUUACGUGAUGUCCCGAGCAUCUACGGCUGAGACGAUGACAUCGGUGUCUUCUUUGCCGCCAGUUUAUACUCGUCCAAGAGCAGGGCCUGUCCAGCAAGACAAUCAGCUGCCUUUUGCGACGCGCGAUAGUGGCGUUUCACAGCUCAGAAGUAAAUUGCUCAGCAGGGAUUUCUGGAUGCGCGAUGAGAACGCUAAAGAUUGCUUUCACUGCGGAGAGCCUUUCACGACAUUUCGCCGAAAGCAUCAUUGCCGAACCUGUGGCCAAAUCUUUGAUUCCAGGUGCACUCUUCUCAUACCAGGAACACGAUUUGGCCAGCCUAGCUCCAUCCGGGUUUGCAAGCCUUGUGAGACUAUGAUUAAUGCACAUGAAGAUGAUUCUUCCGAGUUUUCUGAUAGUGAGCAAAGUCCCGUUGCGACGAAUACCCGGAUACCAGAGCUCACGUGGGGAAACAAUGGAGCUCGACCGUCUGCGGAUGACGAUGACACCGCAUCGAUCAUGUCACAAUCGAUCGAUCAUGUUCUCAGGGCCCCGACAAUGGCUAUUCCAGCAACUCGUCGUGCGGGCGAGGGGCCCAACCGUCGAUCUGCCGUUUUGGAGAUCAAUUCAGACCGCCCUUUGACCAGGCCUACUUCAUCACGCUCCUUGAAAUCAACUUUAGGAAGUAGGGGUCAUAACAUGGGCCACAAACGUCACGGUUCUCGCCACCAACAAUAUAUUCGGAGCUUCAAGCCUUACCAUGAAGAUCGAGCACCGUUUCAGCGCCGCAACCUUGAUGAUUUUCCAGUUGAAUCCCGGCUUCCUGCCUUUCACAGAGACAACAUCAUUGAUCCAGAUCUGGCUCAGUAUCUUUCGGAUGAUGCAUCAAGUGCCGAUGAACAGCCUAGUCUUAUGGCUGCGGUCUCUGAUAACAAUUUAUCCAAAAGUAGUGGGGACCAAGAAAGAGCCACCCUCGGCGGCUUUCUGGCCGCUAUGAAGAAGGGCAGAUCUGCCUUUGGGGAUCGAAAUAUCCCGAGCAUCAAUCAAUCUGGACGCGACCCAGAUGAGGCCAGCCUUUCCAGCUCAAGAGCAGUGAACUUGCCUCGCUCUUCACGCCGUCGGAAUAUGAGUGUGGCUAGCAGCGUACACAUUCGUCAAUCUCCAAGGGCCUCAAAAGAAAGCAUGUUCCCCCAUGAAUUAGCGUUCCCAGGGGUUCCCUUUUCUCUGGGCUUGAAAGACAGUGGUUUCAAGAUGACCAGAAGCUCAUCCAUGCAAGGCCCUCGUGCGCCGCCAGUUGAGCUCAAUAACGCUAGUCUGGAACAUGUUCGAAAGCUUCUGCGACAGCUUCUAGCCGAAUCAUCCGUGCCACAUGGCGAGAGUUGGGAAAAUGCCCUGCUUCCAAUUCUUUUGAAGGCGGCGGAUGAGGUUGAUCCCGAUGUCGAGCACGGCGAUGAUAUGGAUGUUCGUCACUAUGUUAAAAUUAAAAAGAUCCCUGGCGGCAAGCCGGGCGACACGUCUUACGUUUCAGGGCUGGUAUUCACAAAGAAUUUGGCUCUCAAAAGCAUGCCGAGAAGUAUUCCACGUCCCAACAUCUUGAUUAUCACUUUUCCUCUUGAGUAUGCUCGCCAACAACACCAAUUCAUGAGUCUUGAGCCUGUCAUUCGACAAGAGAGAGAAUUUCUGGAAAACCUUGUCACCCGAAUCGCAGCUCUUCGGCCAAAUCUCCUGCUUGUUGAAAAACACGUUUCGGGGCUGGCUCUCCAUCUUCUGGACCAAGCUGGUAUCGCAACUGCUCAUAACGUCAAGCCAUCUGUUCUCGAAGCUGUCUCAAGAUGUACUCAUACUCGGAUCGUGACUUCCAUGGACAAACUUCUGAGCCCUUCUCCGCAUAGCGAAUGCAGCAGCUUUGACAUGAAAACUUAUGUGAACAAGGGUCGAAAAAAGACCUACAUGUACAUUUCCGGAUGCCGGAAAGAUCUUGGGUGCACAAUUGUAUUGCGUGGUGGCAGCGAAGAGGUUCUUGGAAAAGUGAAAGAGAUCACCGAGUUUAUGAUCUAUGUUGUGUAUAGCCUGCGACUGGAGACCUUUUUGAUGCGGGACGAGUUUGCGAAACUGCCAACAGCAUUUACCGGUGAAAUGGAGACUGUAUCUUGCAGUUUUGAGAAACAACACACGGUCAACGAUAGCAACGGAAUUCCUACGGUACCAAACAACCCAGACGACAAGCCAACCCAGAAUUCAACGGGUACAAAGGUGUCAACUGAGAUUAUCGAAGUUCCAGAUGAUGUUCCCAUGCCAACAUACUUUGACGACAUCGUCCAGGCUUACAAAACAAAGCUUCUGUCUGCCUCGCCCUUCGUGAAAUUUGAACCACCAUAUCUGCUUAUGCGUGUGAGAGAGAUAGGUCGCAGACUAGCCUACUUGAAGCGUCUCCGUGAUCAACAUGGAUUGUCCGACGAGAUUAUAGAUGAGAAGACCAAGCCGCAGAAGUUCACUCUUAUUACCCCCGAAAUGGUUCACGAGUCUCCCCACGAUGCUUCACCCAAGGUCAAAGAGGUGCUUCGCGCAGCCCAUGAUGCCGAAUAUGACAGGACACUGUAUCAUUACCAAACGCAGAAACGGCAGUGGGAGGCCUACGUGGCUGGUAAUCAUGACAUGUUCGAUCCCUACGCCCACCAGAACAUCGUCGUUCUCUUCAGCCUUGUGUGUACCACAACAUCGAUUCCUUGCUCUGGGCCCGAUAUAUUUGCGUUGGAAUUCUACAACGAACAUGAGGAUGAUACGGUGUUUGAGCCGGAUUGUCCUUUGGGACAGUAUGUCCAAGAGCUUUGCGCUGGAGCGAGCGAUGUUUGCACCUCCAAUGGCUGCGAAAAAAGGAUGUCCGAGCAUCAUCGCCAAUAUGUUCAUGGUGAGGCGCAGCUUAGCAUUGUGGUCCAGCCUUACCCUUGCAAGAUGCGUGGGCUACAUGACACAAUACUGAUGUGGAGUUGUUGCAAAAUAUGUGGCAAUGAGACUCAAGUCACACCUAUGUCUACAAAUGCAUACAAAUACUCAUUUGCUAAGUACCUCGAGAUCACGUUCUGGGGAAGGAAUCUGCACGCGCGCGCCGGGGUCUGUCCCCAUGAUCUCCAGCGUGAUCAUCUCCGCUACUUUGGUUUUAGAGAUCAUGCUGUUCGCAUCCAGUAUGACACUAUUCACCUUCUUGAAAUCAUUGUUCCACGGCCCCGAGUCACCUGGAAGGUGGAUAAUGAUUUAAAGAUGCGGAAUGAUGUGUUCAGGCGCCACGAGUCACGGCUCAACAAAUUCAUGGCUUCCGUCGUCGUGCGUUUGAAAAGCAUUAACCUUGAAAGUGUUGUGCCCGAGCUCUCGGACAAAGCUAAAAUAGAGAUUGAAAGGUUGAUCAAGAUAGCCAACGAUGACCAGGCUAGAUUAAUUCGCCAAUUGCAGGAGAAGUACAGCAGCUCCCGCUACUGGGAAGUCAUACCGCUGAACGAAGUUCUUCGUGCUGUUCAAGAGAAGGUGGUUGAAUGGGAUACCACCUUUGCAGAGUUCGAAAAGAACUUCUUUCCCUCAGAAAAAGAUAUCAAGCGACUAGCAACUCUGCAAUUGAAGAAAAUCUUCCUUGAUAAGGAUGCCACUUCUGUGACAACCGAUGAGUCUCUACCGACUUCAACCGAUGUUGACGACGAAAAUGCUCAGCCAGACGAAAAACCACGGAUGUUGCGGCGCAUGACCAUCUCUCCAGAAAAGGCAAAGAAUGUUCUUGUGUCUGUUGUUGAACAGGAACACACGGGUAAAAAGCACCGAGACAUCCAACAGGAACUCAGUGAAUUGCCACCAUUGCCUGCCUCUCCGACCGAGGAUAGUCUGGCUGUCGAUGCUAUCAAUGGCAAACGAUCCUCUCCGCAAGACGAAGUCGUUGCGCAGGAAGAGGUCCGGCAUCUUGAUCUGGCAGUUCCCUCUGGUCAAUCCGAAGCGCCGGCCUUCGACGCAAUCACGCCGGAUGCCAUAUGGGCUUCUACGGAAGCACCAAAGCCAGCGGAUGUAGAAAGCGACGAACUGGAUUCACCGCAGUUGUCGCCGACGGCGAUCAGGCCUUCAAGAACAUUUGACUCAAAAGCGAGAGAAGAGAGCAUCACCGAGAUACCAACUACACCUCCGAAUCGGCCCUCUGCGAUUCCAAGACUUACUGAGGGGGCUUUCCGACGUUCCGGCAAAGCACGUUCUCCUCCUUUGGUACGUGCACAGUCUCAACCAGCGCAUCUUCUCCGAGAAAGAUCGCUAUCUGGCUUGAAACUCGGUCCAUCGCCUUCGAAUGAGUCAGAUACCACCCGUGGAGACUCGACCAAAAUAUCAGAAAAGAAAUUCACAGACCGUAUUGGCUUGAGUGCUCUAAAGAAUGGUCGAUUCGCUUCAGGGCAUUCUCUUAUCCCGCGAUCCACUCCCAAGAAGAACGGCAGCAACCGUGUGUCCAACCUCGCUAGGCAUUUUGAACAAUUAAGCCGUGAGUUUGAGAAGGAAAGACAGCGUGAAAGACGGCAACGUGCUGCACGAAGCACACACUCCCGCGCAUUUCCCCUGGCCUCUUCGAAACCAAUAGUGGAGGUCUAUCGAAACGUCAAGGAAGCCGUUGAGGAGCGGGAGCCUCCGGUCGAUGGCGAUGGCGACGAGUCCGUCCCGGCGGCACCUCAAAUUCCGGCAGAUGAACCGGGCAGAGGAAGUGACGAAUUUGAUGAUCAGCCCGACCGAAACCAUUCGGAAGCCAUGCCCCAAGGAAAGACCGUGGAGUACUUCCAGCCAGGACACCAUCGACCUGACUCGCAAUUGAUGUCAGAGAAUGAAGAGAACGAAGAAAUUGAUGGGGAUGACGCGGCCAGUGACGAAGAGCGAAACGCAGGCGAGGAGUUGCAUCCAGUGGAUUCCCGGGAAGAGGUCAAGCUGCCCGAGGAUGACUCGCUUGAUUUUAAGGAUCUGGCGAAGCAUGAACGCACAUGGCUUCUGAACAUUCUGACAAACUUUUGGUCUGAGCGGUCUGCCAGUGGAUGGCCAGCUCUCGAUUAUCCCCUCAGUGUGAACGAUCAUGUCUUUGCGGACUGCGAUAUCAUUGUGCGAGAGGACGAGCCGAGCUCUUUAAUUGCCUUUGCGUUGGACUCGUCCGACUACAAAGAGAAGUUGACAAGCAUUCAAACAAGAUUUGACGAGAUCGAGAAGCAGCCAGAGAGCCCCACUGUCACUGCAGAAGCUGCUAGAGAGGCUCGAGUCGAACAUGCCCUCUUGCGGGAGACUGGUACACAUCUCAAGUACCAAUUCCAAGAAGGCCAAGCAAGGAUGCUUUGCAAAGUGUUCUACGCUGAGCAAUUCGACGCGCUGCGCAUCAAAUGUGGUGUUGCCGAUCGAAUCGUCGAAUCGCUCUCCCGUUGCGCGAAAUGGGACUCCAAGGGCGGUAAGACAAGGUCACUAUUCCUGAAGACACUGGAUGAUCGCUUUAUCCUCAAGUCAUUGUCCCCGGUCGAGACCCAGGCUUUCCUCAAAUUCGCUCCGGCUUACUUCCAGAUAAUGUCUGAAGCAUUGUUCCACGAGCUGCCGUCUGCCAUUGCCAAGAUGUUUGGGUUCUACCAGGUCAUCAUCAAGAACCCGGCCACUGGAAUUGAAUUCAACUGGUUCCUAUUGUUGAUGGAGAACCUCUUUUACGACCGGGUACCAAACCGCAUUUUCGACCUGAAGGGCUCAAUGCGAAACCGCAAGGUCGAAAGCACAGGCGAGCGUGAUGAAGUCCUGCUGGAUGAGAACAUGGUCGACUUCAUCUACGAAUCCCCCCUCUUCGCACGAGAGCACUCGAAGAAACUUCUUGGUCAAAGCGUGUGGAACGACACUCUCUUCCUCGCCCGCCAGAACGUGAUGGACUACUCGCUCAUGAUUGCAAUUGACGAAAAACGGAGCGAGCUCGUGGUCGGAAUUAUCGAUUGUAUUCGCACAUAUACGUGGGACAAGAAACUCGAGUCUUGGAUCAAAGAUCGUGGCUUUGCCGGCGGUGGUCGCAAUCGCCCUACCGUGACCAGUCCCAGGGAGUACAAGAGUCGAUUCCGCGAGGCGAUGGCGCGAUAUGUCCUCCAGGCACCGAGUUGCUGGCACCAAUUUCAGCCGAUGUAUCGAUACGUGCAGGGCGAUAACCAGGUCUCCCAGGUCACAGACUUGGAUGCUGACAGAAUUGUUGAAGCUGGUAGUUCCCAAAGAUAA